AUGCCGCGCUACGCCGAUGAGGAGGCGCCUCGGCACUCAAAUCGGGCACCAUACCGCUCUCCGGCCCGCUCCCCGGCCCGGCAUCAUGAGGCUGAAGAGAUCAAUCAAAGUUUGUGUCUUUUCGUGCCCGUCGUACAAGACCUCUGCCUCCGCCGUUGCCCUCACCGCGCUUCUUCACCAACAGGCACCGUGACGCGCACCAAUGAGGGUCGGCAAGCGGCUUUUGAAACGCGCAUGGCCAUGCAACGAGAACUUGAUGCCGCUCGCUCACAGCUGCGAAGCAUGGAACGCGAGAUGGAUGAUUUGCAGCGCCAAGCAGUUGGGGCGCGCGAUGAGGCCGCUGUGGCUCGCUCAGAAAACGGACGCCUGCAGGAUGAGCUCCGCUCCUGCCGUGAGCGUCUCAAUGCCGCCCUUGAUUCCCAGCAAGAGCUGCUAGGCAAGAACGCUCAAAAGCAUGAGCUUCUUAUUGACCUCCAAGCCCAGGUCGCGGGCCUGCGUGACGAGAUUGUGGACAAGGAUGCGCGCGCUCGAGUAUUGGAAGACACGGUGGCCCGCCUCGAGCAGGAGCUGCGUACUGCUCGCCACCAGGCCAGCGCUGAUAACAGCGCUCGCGAUGCUUAUGCCAACCUGUCUCAAGAACACGAUGUCACUCGCUCCGAACUCCGCUCCAUCCGCAGUGACCACGCCUCCCGUGAAGCACAUUUGCGCACGUUGGAAGCCGAUCGCGCUGCUCUGCGGGCUGAUGUGAGCGCAAUGCAUGAACGCAUCAUCAUGAUGGAGCGAGAGCUGGAUCUGGCCAAAUCGCAGGCCGAAUCGGCCAAUGGCGCAGAAGCUGCCUUUCGCGACCACCUUGCCAGUAAAGACGACCUCAUUGCCGAGUUGCAUCGCCAAAAAGUGGAGAUUGAAGCCGAAUUUGCACAAUUUCGCAGCAUGGCAGAUGGCCAGACCCGCUCGCUGGAGAACCAAUUGGACGGUGCCCGCGCCAAGGAACAGAUGCUCGAGGACAACUUGCGCACGCUGCACCGAACACUGGGUCGUCAAGCCGCGGCCGCCAUGCCUAACCCACAGUACCCACUCCCUGUGACCAAUGUAUCAACCCGCUACGUGCCUGUGCGGGAGGUGCCUCGGGCCCCGAUCCGCGAAUCCGUCAUUUAUCGCACCCAUCGAUACGAAGUGCACGAACCGGCCCGGCCUGACCCCACCGGUGGCGUCCGCGAAGUAUCCCGCCGCGUCCGCCGCUACAUGGAUCUGGUUGAGGAAAAGGACGAGGCGGAACGGUUGGCAGAUAUUGCUCGUGAACGCCUUCGCCGUUCUCUGCGUGAGGAUCAAUAG